AUGUUGAGAACUACCAGUACUCGUUUACCUAGAUCCGUUUCCCUUUUCGGGCGCCUCACCAGAUUGAACUCUUCUUUCACUAUCCCAGCGACUCAAAAGGGUGUGAUCUUCUAUGAAAACGGUGGUGAAUUGCACUAUAAGGACAUUGCAGUCCCCAAACCAAAACCUAAUGAAAUUUUAAUUAAUAUCAAGUACUCUGGUGUUUGUCACACCGAUUUGCACGCCUGGAAAGGUGACUGGCCUUUGCCCGUGAAGCUACCACUGGUUGGUGGUCACGAAGGUGCUGGAGUGGUCGUUGCCAAGGGAAAGGAUGUUACGAAUUUCGAGAUUGGUGAUCUUGCUGGUGUUAAGUGGUUGAACAGUUCUUGUAUGGCUUGUGAGUACUGUGAGCUAGGUCAUGAGUCCAAUUGUGCCAAGGCCGAUCUAUCCGGUUAUACGCAUGAUGGUUCGUUCCAACAGUAUGCCACCGCAGAUGCAAUCCAGGCUGCUCCAAUUCCAAAAGAUACUGAUUUGGCUGAAGUUGCUCCAAUUUUGUGCGCUGGUGUCACCGUCUACAAGGCAUUGAAAACUUCUGGUGCUAAGCCUGGUCAAUGGGUAGCUAUCUCUGGUGCAGCAGGUGGUCUAGGUUCUUUGGCCGUUCAAUACGCCACAGCCAUGGGUCUGAGAGUGCUUGGUAUUGAUGGUGGUGAGGGGAAGGAAGAGCUAUUCAAGUCUCUAGGGGGGGAAGUAUUUGUUGAUUUCACCAAGACUAAGGAUAUGGUUAGCGCUAUUCAGGAAGCUACUAACGGUGGACCACACGCAGUGGUUAACGUAUCCGUCUCUGAAGCUGCAAUUCAGCAGUCCACUGAGUACGUGAGACCAACCGGUACUGUUGUUCUUGUCGGUUUGCCAGCUCACGCUUACGUGAAAUCCGAAAUCUUCUCGCAUGUUGUCAAAUCUAUCAGCAUUAAGGGUUCUUAUGUCGGUAAUAGAGCUGACACUAGAGAGGCAAUUGAUUUCUUCUCAAGAAACUUGGUCAAGUCGCCAAUAAAGAUCAUUGGUUUGUCCGAGCUACCAAAGGUUUAUGAAUUGAUGGAAGAAGGUAAAAUUUUGGGUAGAUACGUUGUCGACACAUCUCGUUGA